AUGGCAGCCUCCUCGUCCUCAAACCCCAACCGGUUCUCCUUCCGCAACCCGUUCCAAUUCUUGAUUUCCUCUUCUUCUUCGACAGACAACGACAGCGGCAACAAGAAGGAAAGCAGCAGCAACAGCCGACCAACCAGCAGAAGACUAAGCAGACCCAGCUCCCCUACUUCCUCAAGCUUCUGGUCAUCCCUCUACCGAAAAACAUCCUCUACCUCAACCAACACCGCAAUGUCCACCACCACCACCCCCUCCGCCAUGUCGGACACCACCACCGCCGCCACCACCACCGCUGCCACCCCACCAACCCUCUCCUCCUCCCCCGCCACCUCAACAGACAGCUACUUUCCCUCCGUCACCACCCCUCCCACCCCCACCGACAACAACAACAACAACAACAACAACAACAACAACAACAACAACAACCUCAAGCCUGCUGCUACCCUCACCCAAUGCCACAAUUGCGGCUCAACCACCUCCCUCGCCAUUCCUACCGCCACUCCCCCCGCUGCACCAAAGAGGACAGCCACAACCCCCAUAAUUCACAUCCAACCCCCCGUCCCGGGCCGCAAGCAAAUCAGAGUCGACCCCCUCUCUACCCAAUUCCCCAAGCCGGCCGCCGAGUUGAGCGUGGAGGAGCUCCUGGCCAGGAAGCCAGGCCGGUGGACGCUGACGCAGUGGGUGGAGAAGCAAAAGCUGGUUGAUCAGCAAGAGGAGGAGAGGGAGAGGAGAAAGGUGCAGGAGGAUGCCGAGAAGAGGAGGAGGGAGAUGGAGGAGGUGAAGAGGGAGUUGAGGGCUUUGGCUAGUGGGUUGUGA